CAAGUAUUGAAUCUACCGCUGACCUAUUUAGACGUUACUUCGCGACCGGUGCUAUUCUCUUACGUGGUUGGGUUGCGAAAUGCUUGUAGAUUCGAAAUUUUCAUUUCGGUUUCUGAUUUCAGUAUGUAAAUUAAUGAAGAUCUUUUCAAAGUGUGACUUAUAGGGUAGCGGAAAAGUUAAGUUGUUUUAAUAUAAUUGUGUUUAAUUGUGAAUAAAAUUGGAAAAGCAAGGUCAAAAUCUACGAGCUCAGUGAGUUUUUCUGAGCUUUCUUAUGGAAAACACAUAAAUGUGUAUGAUGUAAAUCUCGAAAAAUAUGACAAUAUUAUUCUUGAACUCAAAAUCUAAGUAAAGCAACAUGGAGCAUUUGUUAGAUGCUAAACGCAAUUUUUCAAGCAGUUGAUGAAAACUAUUUUCAAAAAUCUGGAACCGUUCUGCUUAACAAUAAAAUCCAACAACAAACAAUUAGAAAAUAAUUUUAUAUUAUUACAAAAACAAGCAACAAUUUCCAUACAAAAUAUUUGGAGCCUAUUUUGAAAACAAAACUUCAAUUGACAUACAAUUUAUUAUACUCGUAUAAUUUUUCUUUCCAUACAAAAAUCAUUAUCUUCCGCGUUUCUUCCACAUUCUCCGUAAAACACCCAAGAAGUUGCCCAGUAGUCUUUUAACAAGCUUAGAAAAAAAAUUGUAUAGUACAAUUUUGUAUCAUUAAACUUCUCGUCUAUUUAAAAAUAUAGUAAACCAUUAGUUUACUAUAAAUAUAUGAAAUUUUUAGGAACAAAAUCACAUACUUGCAUACAUGACUGCUUCCUUAAGGAAAAACAAUAUUUAAAAAAAAGUACAUACAAGUGUAAUUAUCAAACAAUAUUUUAUCCGGAUUAAAUAUUUAUUUUCGUAUGAAUAUCUCAAAGAAGAGAACGUCAUAAAUAUAUGAAAACAAAAAGACUUCACACAAACAAAAGAUAUUAUUAAAAAACAAACAAAAUGGCACAAUCUUUGGUGGAAGUAGAAGAAAGUGCUGAUCAGAUUCUUUUGAACGGGGGCCCAAAUAUAUUCAGCAGUAACUCCAGUACGAGUUCUACCUCAAAAUUGGACAACUUUAUCGAUGAGUCAAAUUACAUUCCAGUACCACAAUUCUACGCGGGAAGAAGUGUAUUUAUAACUGGAGGAACAGGAUUUAUGGGAAAAGUACUCGUUGAAAAGCUUCUAAGAUCAUGUCCAGAUAUAAAGAACAUCUAUCUGUUGAUACGACCUAAACGGGGUCAAGAGGUGGCGGCUAGACUACAUGAGCUUCUAAAUGCACCGCUUUUUGAAUCAUUGCGGAGAGACACACCAAAGGAAUUGAGUAAAGUCAUUCCAAUAUCUGGGGAUAUCACAUCAGAAAAACUUGGAAUAUCUGAAAGUGAUCAAAGCGUACUAUGUAAGAACGUAUCAGUUGUAUUUCAUUCAGCGGCCACAGUAAAAUUUGACGAAAAGCUCAAAUUAUCAGUCACAAUUAAUAUGCUUGGUACGAAACGUUUGGUGGAACUGUGUCAUCGGAUGAAGUCCUUAGAUGCACUUAUUCAUGUAUCCACUGCCUAUUGUAAUUGUGAUCGUACCGAUGUAUCCGAAAUAAUAUACGAUCCUCCCUAUAAUCCCGACGAUAUUAUAUCCCUUAUCAAUUGGCUUCCUGAAGAUAUGCUUGACAAGCUAACGCCUUCCCUGAUUGGUAAACGUCCAAACACUUACACAUUUACGAAAGCGUUAGCAGAACAUAUGCUCCUCCAGGAAGCUGGAAAUUUGCCUGUAGCCAUUGUUCGGCCUUCCAUUGUCAUAGCAAGCUUAAACGAACCAUUUGCCGGUUGGGUCGACAAUUGGAACGGUCCAACUGGUCUCGUCUCAGCUGUUGCUAAAGGUCUGUUCCGAACAAUUAUGUGUGAAAAGGACUUUGUCGCUGACAUGGUUCCGGUUGAUAUUGUGAUUAACCUUAUGAUAACAGCUGCAUGGAGAACUGCUACAGCCAAACCAAAUGGAAUGACCAUAUACAACUGCUGCACGGGCCAGCGGCAUCCAAUAACUUGGGGAAAAUUCGUUAAUCACGCUAUCGCGCAAGUUCGAAAACAUCCUCUUGAGGGAUGUCUUUGGUAUCCAACUGGAGUGUUACGAAUGAGUCGACCGUUAAACACAAUGCACGGAUUCCUAGUGCAUUACAUUCCAGCAUAUGUUUUGGAUAUUCUCGCUAGACUAACAGGAAAAAAACCUAUAAUGGUUAGUGUUCAGAACAAAAUAGCAAAGGCAGUUGACUGUCUCGAAUAUUUUGCAACGAAUCAGUGGAGAUUUAGAGAUGACAAUGUCCAGACUUUAUUACAAAGCCUGAGUCAAAAAGAUCGUGAUAACUUUAUCUUUGAUGCAACAACAAUCAAUUGGGAGAACUAUGUAGAAAGAUAUGUCUUGGGAUUCAGAGAAUUUUUGUUUAAACAACGCCCUGAGUCUCUACCGUCGAGUAGAAAAAAUAUGUUAAGAUUGUACUACCUGCAUCAAUUGUCAAAAAUGCUCGUGAUAAUAUUUACGUGGCGCUUCCUUAUGGCACGAUCGAAAAAACUUAACGACCUCUGGACAGCCUUUCUACAAACAAUUUUAAGAAUGACUCGACUUCUACCCCUCUUGUAAUAAAUAGUAAUAUAAUGUAAAUUAAACGGAAACAAAUAUUUAUUUAUAAUUACUAUUUUUUUAAUGUUGGAUUUUUUCUAUUACUAUAACUAGGAGUGUUGUACAUUUUUUUAAAUUAAUCCAUUAACUUCAAGGUUUGCACUUAAUUUGUUCUUUGUUUUAUAUUUUUACAAAAAAACAACAAAAAAACAAAAUAAACAAAAAAAAAUAAAGAAAUAAAGAAAAGUGAAAAUGUAGUCAUAUACUUACUAAAAACAAUAUUAUAAUGUAGAGGGAAAUUGAAUCAAUAUUUUUUAUUUAAAUAAGUUGUGUUUGGUUACAUAAUUUUUAGCAAAGAAAAAAGAUCGGACAAAACUGUUAAACCAAAUCCAAUUUCUUUUAUUAUGCAUUUAAAACAAAACAUAAUUCAAAACGAGGAAUCAGAGUAAUAACUUAGUAAUAACUAAUAACAAAAACAUAUACAUUUAAUCUUAUUUAGUUAAAGAGAAACUAAUUAACUACACAUAAAGUGCUUGUUGAAGAAAUAUUAUUAAAAGAAAAUAAAAAUUCGAUACAAACGAAACCAUAAACAAUUUUUUUCUCCCAAGAAAAAAAUCAGGAAAAAAUUGCUAUAGUAAUUAUUUACCAAUAUUGACUAAAAAAUAUAAAAUUAGAUUCAAAAUUUUUACAUAAAAGUGAAACAAAAAACUAUAAACAUGUAUAUUUAAUUACAUUAUAUAGAAUUAUUGAAAUAAAUAAAAAUUAAGUAAAGAACUUAUAAAUUAAUUUAAAACAAAAUCGUAGAAAAAAAAAAACGGAAAGACGCAUUCAUUCCAUCCAAUUACAGAAUAAUAAACGCAUACAAUUUUUGCGUACUCACAAAACAAAAGAGAAAUAAUUGAAAAAUAAAUUCUUUGAAACAAAAAUGCUACGGCAAAAUAAGAUAGAUAUUCUGCAGAUACAAAUGUUUUAAUGUACAGUUAAUUGAUCUAAAAGCCAUGCGGAGACCUAGGCUUUCAAUUAAAUAUAAAACACUUUCGUGGUGAACACACGGGUUGGAUAUACAAAGUUUGCUUUUCAAUAACAUAACGGAUUAAUGUAUGUAUAUUAAAAAUAAAAAGAAAAAACAACAAUAAAUAAAUUGUUCGUUUUGUUUUUAGAAUGUAAUUAUUAUUAUUAUUAGAAAAUACAAAAAUUGUAUUGGGUUUUAAAAAAAUAUGCAUAAUGCUUAAAAGAAAUUUUGUUGAAUUUUCAUUUAUAAUUAAUAUAUUACUUUGUCUUUGAAUGUACUCUAAAGCUUUAAAUUUGCUUCGAGACUUCUUUCCAGCUAAAAAUCAAUAAGUAAAAGUAACCAAAUUAAGGAAAUUGAA